UCUGGUUCCAACUUGGGGAUGGUGUCGUCAUUGAAAGAGACCACCGCACUGUCUUUGGAGAUGAAGUGACUGGGAAGAAAUAGUGACCACCUUCCCUCUAUACACAGAACACCAUGGAUCAGCCAUUUACUGUGAAUUCCCUGAACCUCACAUGCAAACGAAACAAGGAUUGAUGAAGAUUUUAGGCCAUUGCCCAGAUCAUCUCUGAAAUCAGUUUUAAAUUUGGGAAGGAUAGGAGUAUUCAGGAAAGGAAAGAAAAAGUUAGCUGCCAUGCCUGACCACACGGAUGUCUCCCUCAGCCCGGAGGAGCGAGUCCGGGCCCUAAGCAAGCUGGGAUGCAAUAUCUCCAUCAACGAGGAUAUCACUCCACGCCGCUACUUCAGAUCCGGAGUAGAAAUGGAGAGGAUGGCAUCUGUGUAUCUCGAGGAAGGAAACUUGGAAAAUGCCUAUGUUCUUUAUAAUAAGUUUAUAACCUUGUUUGUAGAAAAGCUUCCCAGCCAUCGAGAUUACCAGCAAUGUGCGGUACCCGAAAAGCAGGACAUUAUGAAGAAACUGAAGGAGAUUGCAUUUCCAAGGACAGAUGAAUUGAAAAAGGACCUUUUAAAGAAAUAUAACGUAGAAUACCAAGAACAUAUGCAAGGCAAAGCCUGCCUGGGUCUGUCAAAACGAAAAGCCGAGUUUCUCAAGAACUGGGAACAUCAGCGGUUGAUCGAGGCAGAAAGGAAGCGGAUCGCUCAGAUGCGCCAGCAGCAGCUAGAAACGGAGCAGUUUCUGUUUUUUGAAGAUCAGCUGAAAAAGCAAGAAUUAGCCCGAGGUCAGAUGCGAAGCCAGGAGACCCCAGUGCCCUCGGAGAUCGAUGGCAGUGCUUUGUCCUGCUUCUCCACACACCAGAACAGUUCCGUGCCGAGUGUAUGUGCUGAUCAACCUAAUAAAAGUGACGGAACCAAUUGUACCAGCCACUCUCCUCCGGUCAACAGGGCCUUAAAGCCAGCUGCUGCUCUAAGUGCUGUUCAGAAUUUAGUGGUUGAAGGACUGCGAUGUGUAGUUUUACCGAGAGAUCUUUGCCACAAAUUUCUGCAGCUGGCAGAGUCUAAUACAGUGAGAGGAAUAGAAACCUGUGGGAUGCUCUGUGGAAAACUGACGCAUAACGAGUUUACCAUUACCCACGUGAUUGUGCCGAAGCAGUCUGCGGGACCGGACUACUGCGACAUGGAGAAUGUGGAGGAGUUGUUCCGGGUUCAGGAUCAGCACGACCUCCUCACUCUGGGGUGGAUCCAUACACAUCCCACCCAAACUGCUUUCUUAUCCAGUGUGGAUCUGCACACUCACUGUUCCUAUCAGCUCAUGUUGCCAGAGGCGAUUGCCAUUGUGUGUUCACCAAAGCAUAAAGACACAGGCAUCUUCAGGCUCACCAGUGCCGGCAUGCUGGAGGUCUCUGCUUGUAAAAAGAAGGGAUUUCAUCCACACACCAAGGAACCAAGGCUAUUCAGUAUAUGCAAACAUGUGUUGGUAAAAGAUGUAAAAAUAAUUGUGCUGGAUCUGAGGUGAUAUGUUCUGAAGAUUAACACCAUCAAGGCCAGACACCUGCCCGUGGAUGUUGGUUGCUGGAUUUUCUUAAGCUGUUUCCAGAAAUGACUGAUAUUUUAUAUUUAUACAUUUUAGAUCCGAAAGUUUGAUAUUUAUUGCUUUUGCACAUUUUGAAGUUUUCUUUUUGGGUUGCUCUGUCUCAAAAGUGGUCACAAUGAGGUUAAAUCAAUACCUGUUCAUGUACCCCAAAACUAUGACCAGAUAAUAAACUGUGCCGCAAAUAAUCAUAUGACCAGUAUUUAUAAAGGUCUCCGCAUACAUUUUCAGAGCUUUAGAUGUUUUGCUCUAUUUUUCCCUUAUUCCUACAAAAUGUGAUUCCAAGCAAGAAACUCUGAGUACCCGGUGGUCUCCAAGACAGGCCCUCUGUUUUCACAGCCUUCUCCUGUGGUGGAGGGCGAGCCGUUUCCACACGUGGGAGGAACCCUGGCUGCGUGGCUGCGCGCAGCAGAGCCCAUCCUGCGUUUCCAGUGUCAUUGAGUCCCAGGCCCAGGUGUGUCUGCAGUGGAUCUCCGUGUAAGGCACCAGAACAGGCAGCUUCUACGCAGGGGUCUGAUGUCAGAGGACUUGGGGGUCCCAGCAGUUCAUUACCUUGAUCUGGAGGACUCGAGCUGCUUAAGAGAGGAAGAAAGAAAGACUCAAAUAAAAACGGAAAGCCUCACUGUGAAGGUCAGACAGGGGUGAUGGGGAGAAGAAAUGAGGCAUAGGAAGUUACUGGUAAUUCUCAGCCAAAAAGAACAUCGUUUGGAAAGGACACAUAAUUUAAAGUCUCUCCGUAUAAAUCAGUGCACAGGGACUGGGAAGAAACAUAUAUGUUUAAAUUGAAAAGGGCAGCAAAAAUACAAUGCUGUGGUAUUGCUAAGGCUUGGUGUGGGAUUUGUGGCUGGUGCCUAGAUAAUAAAAGCACUUACCUGGAUCAAAAGAUAUGGAUUCCAUAGAAGGCAUGGGAGACUUAUGCACAAUUUUGGCAAGUAGAAUGGGUAGGAAAAACCUGAGGGUGGAAACAUUGUGGAGAAAAUUCAGCUGCAAAUGUAAGGAGGGAAGGAUGGAGGUAAUGACGAUGGAGCAGAGUCUGGUUGUUGAGGUGGAGGCCUGAGCAUCUACGCAGACUGACAGUGAGGCACCUGAGACAGCGCUGGGGUUCAGACUGUCCACCAUCAACAGAACGUCAUGUCCCACUAAGGGGGAUCAUGGUAGACCCUGGCCUUGCCUAACUGAUUGUUUAGUUUCUCUGAAGAGUAUUUAAAUGUUAGCCAAUAAGGAAAGACAAAUGGAUGUUGAAUUGACGGAAACAUCAGAGAAAAGUAUUCACUUCUCUGAGAAGUGUCUGUAACGGAAUUGUUUGGGGAAUAUGACAUUUCCAAUGACCCUAUGAGGGGUACUUUACUAGGGACUAAUGACUGAAACACGUGGGAAAGUCCCUGAGAAAUCACAUGUAUGCUCUGGCCCCCUGACACUCCCAGUGAGGUGAGCACAGGAAGGCAGUAGAGAAACGAGCCCGGUGACCCAGCAAACUCACUGCUCCGCCGGGAUUUCAAAGGAGGCAGUGUCAGAGCUGGAACGCAGACUCUGAGCCCAAGAGCAAGUCUGAAAGAGAGAUAAAAAUUGGCAACUGAAAAAACAAUGCAAGAUGGACAGAAAUAAAUGGUCAAAUGACAAAACAAACAAUUUAGUAAUAAGUGUGAUGUCCUUUAUUCAAGAAACAACCAAUCUGUGGAUCAGGGGAGAGUAUAGGACCUCAAAGUGGCGGAAUUCUUGUCCUGCAGAUGUCUGGGCAAGAGUGAGUUUAUAAUGUUAGAAGAGGCAACACAAAAAUGCCAUGGUUGACUGGGAGGCUGGGAAUUUCCUCGGAAGGCUCACCAGUGCUACUUUCUAGGUAAGGUGAGCAAGCUCCAGCCGAGUUGGAAGACCAUGAUUGGUGGAAUGUAGGUGUCCUUGACAGGUGCUUCCUGUAAGUGCAAGCUGAUACAGGUUUAGGGGUGCGAUGUGGCCUCGGUUUUGUGGGUCCUGACAAUGAAUUCACCUGAUCAGAAUUAACAGCUUCUCUGGGAACAGUCGAUGCCACACAUUCACAUUUGACUAAUAGGUAGGUGUGUGACUACGUAGGCCAGGAAAAGAGUGCAGACCUGCAGAAGAAACAGGACGGCAGAGUCUCGUGUCCCGCAGCCCGAGCACCUGGGUCCAGGCUCCAGCUCUGCCCAGCACGACAGCACCUGGGGACGGUGUGGAAACCAGAGUACUAGGGGCCGAUCGGCGGGGCACUUUCUGGGACGUGGGCCAACCAUGUGGCCCGCCUUGCCUGGUUUUAAGGGUCAAGCUUACUGGGUAUUCGCUCUGUUUCCUGUUGCCGUUUUGCUCCAGCCGGUAUACAAGCUUAACCCCCUGUGAUACUGUGAUUUAUUAGAAAAAAUGUAUUUGGUCCAAAAGAUGACAAAGUAUAUUUUUCAUAUAGAAUUUGUCUUCUUCCAUUGUUCCUGGCUCACAGCUUCCCAAAUCCUUGGAAUAUCCUGAGCUCUGUGAGCAAUGGGAACAUCUUUGGUCAUAAUAUUUAGUCUCCUGUCCUCAGUUCUUGAAGGUAUUUCAGAGCCAUAAAGGUGAAAUUUCAGAGCCAUAAAGGUGAACUGGAGCAUUGUUAUUCAAGACAAGCCCCUUCCCACCGCAACUAGGUUUAUGUUAAUAAGGUGACUUGGAAAUCACGUAAGGAAUGUAAGGAAUGGGUCCAUUGCUGGAGGAACCAACCACGUGAUUAGAGGAUAGGAAUGAAAAGUUCCCAGGAGGGGAGAGGAGCUGGAGGUUAGAUCGCCAAUGGCCAGUGAUUUAAUUCAUCAUACCUAUGUACUGAAACCUCCGUGAAAACCUCAACAGAGAGGGUUCAGAGAGCUCCUGGGUUGGCGAACCAGAUGUUUCCACUUGCCACCGGGCCCCGGACUCCACAGGGCUGGGGACCUUGCACUGUGUAUCUCUUUGUCUGUCAGUGGAUUUGUAUCCUUUAAUAUCUUUUGCAAUAAACUGGUAAUAUAGUGAGUAAACCA